AUUCAACUGUCGACCAAUCAGAUUUCGGGAAACUGAACUAGCCAUUCAGAGCCCUGCUGAGGUCGCCGGUCAAAAUAAAUUGUCCAAACUUUUCAAUCUCAGAGAUAUCGUUCGUGUGCUUUCCUGUUCGCGAGUUCAUGACGGUAGUCGACGGUGACGCGUUACCGCUCGCCAUGCCUGUCCCAGCCGAAUGUUACCUUGCCUCCGACGCGGCCUGUCCAACACCGGGCUCGCUUAUGCCGCCCGCCCCAAUCAAUGGGCAACAGCCCGGCGUGGCCACGUCGGUGCUGUACAGCGGCUCCCAGUUUCGGGGCUACCAGAAGAGCAAAGGGAGCGCCUACGACGUGGAUGUUGUAUUGCAGCAUGUGACUCCGGAGGAUUCCUAUUUGUGUGGAUAUCUGAAGAUCAGCGGCCUGACUGAGGAGUAUCCGACGCUCACAACAUUCUUUGCUGGUGAAAUCAUAAGUCGAAAGAGGCCUUUUUUAACCAGGAAGUGGGAUGCUGAUGAGGACGUGGACAGGAAACAUUGGGGCAAAUUUCAGGCUUUUUUUAAAGUCGCCAAAAGCUUCAACUCUGACGAUUUUGACUACGACGCACUGGAACGCAGCGAUUACGUCUUCAUGAGAUGGAAAGAGCAGUUCCUGGUCCCCGAUCAUACCAUCAAGGACAUCAGUGGUGCGUCCUUUGCAGGCUUUUACUACAUCUGCUUCCAGAAGUCCACAGCCACGAUUGAGGGUUACUACUACCACAGGAGCUCGGAAUGGUAUCAGUCACUCAACCUGAGCCACGUCCGAGAGCACAGUAUUCCCAUCUAUGAAUUCCGCUGAAAAAGAUGACGUGUUUGUCACGGAGGGCUCAAAUUCACGCCGCCCUGGUCUUCAAAUGGGAUGCAAAAAAA